AUGUCCAAGAUCGAGAAAAUGUCCAUCUUGGGCGUGCGCUCCUUUGGGCCACGCCACCCAGAAGCCAUCGCCUUCAACACUCCGCUAACCCUUAUCGUCGGAUACAAUGGCUCGGGCAAGACCACCAUCAUCGAAUGUCUCAAGUACGCUACCACUGGCGAGCUUCCGCCCAACAGCAAGGGCGGUGCCUUCAUUCACGACCCUAACCUCGUCGGCGAGAAAGAUGUCCAGGCGCAGAUCAAGCUUUCCUUCCGCUCCACUGUUGGUGAAUCCUUCGUCGUAACCCGAAACGUGCAGCUAGUCGUCAAGAAGGCCACAAGAACCCAGAAGACCCUCGAAGGAAGUCUCCUACUGCGAUCCAAUGGUGAUCGUCAAUUAAUAUCUACCAGGGUGAUGGAACUCGACAAGCUGGUUCCCGAAAAGCUGGGUGUCUCACCAGCCGUUCUAGACGCGGUUAUCUUUUGCCAUCAGGAUGAGUCCCUCUGGCCCAUGAGCGCGCCGGCUGACCUGAAAAAGAAAUUUGACGAGAUCUUUGAGGCCCAAAAGUACGCCAAAGUCAUCGAGAACCUUAAGCUCCUUAAGAAAAAGAAGGGCGAAGAGCUUCGAAUCCUCAAGGUACAAGAAGCCCAAGACAAAGAAAACAAGGAGAGGGCAGACAGGGUCGACAGGGAGCUCAGUAAGCUCACUCGCGAGAUCCAAGAGGCUCGUGACAAGUGCAACGAGCUGCUGGAUCAAAUCGAGCACGAGGAUGUUCGCAUCAAGCAAAAAUGGGAGCAGGCCAACAGUUUCCUCAGGAUCGUCAACGAGCUGCAGACCAAGCAGGAGAAGCUCGAGUACAAGAAGGACGCCAUCGCAGAGUUGCGGGAACGUAUCGAGGAGAGUACAGGGUCUGACGAAUAUCUUCGAGACGCUCUCAACCAGUACGAACAGACUGUUGAGCGGAUGAACACCGACCGAGAUCAAAAGGUGGCCCAAUUUGGGACCCUGCAGACCGAGCUCAAGACCGCCCGAGUUAAGCAUACUGCCAAGGCUGAGGAGCAGGGAAAGCAUCAAUCCGACAAGGACAAAUAUGACCGCCAACUCGUUUCGCAACGUCAGAUGAUCCAAGAAGCUGCCGAAAAGCACGAGAUCCGCGGCUACGACGGUGACUUGGAUGACCAAGAGAUCAAUGCAUUCUACGAACGCAUCCAGAAAAUGCUCCAAGACACGAAACGGAAUCUGGAACGUCUUCAACGCGACAACGCUGCCGAGCUAGAUGCAAAAUCCGCCGUUAUCACGGAACUGGAGAGCCGGAAGGCGUCUCGCAUUCGAGAUCGGAAAACAUCAUCCCAGCGGGUCGCGACACUUCAAAGAGACAUUACUAAACUCCAAGGGGAUCUGAACAAUCUCGACGUUGACGAAGGCGCGGAGGCAGUACUACGGACCGAGAUGAAGGGAUUGGAGUCCAGAAUCAAGCAAGCCAAGGCUGACAACAAAGUGGCCGAACUCGACUCACAGAUCAAGGAGCUAAACAACGAGGUCUUGACUCUAGAAGCCCAAGGUGCCAAGCUGAGCCGCGAACUAGUCGAAUGUACCAAUUUAGCAGCAGAACGUGCACAGCUUGAACUUCGCAAGAACCAGCUCAAGGAACGGAAGGGGGAACUGGACAUUCUGAAGAGCACGUUCAAUCAGCAGUUGACAGAAGUUAUCGGCAAAGACUGGAUAUCAGAAACCAUCGAGACAGACUUUCAGAAAGCGCUCCGACGGCUGAGUGACCGACUCUCUGAGCUCAGAAAGACAAAGGAUUCAACGCAGCAAGAACUGAAGCAGGUUGAGUUUAAGCUCACUACUGCUCGUGAGAAGCAGACUAAGUCCGUGAAGGAAAGGGACAGCUGCAAGAAAGACGUAUACGGGGCUGUGGAGAAAGCGGCAACUAAAGAAAUGCUGGCAAGGGGGGUGUCGGUGGACGAUUACGCGGAGACAGUUGCGGAGAUCGAGAAAGAGUUAAAAAUCAUCGACACGGAUAUGGAACUGGAUGAGUAUUUGACGGAGUACUUCACGAGUGCGAAGGAAGCAGCAGAGGAAAAGAAGACGUGCUACCUUUGCGACCAAUCUUUGGCCAACGAAAAAGUCAUGCAAAAACUGAUGAAAAAGAUCAGAAAAAAGCUCGAUGAUAAACACAAAGACGAGCAGCUCAAAGAGCAAGCCAUGUUUAGACGUCUUCUUGGGACGCUGAGAAGUGUGCGGACGAAGUACGAGACUUAUGGACGGCUGUGUAAGGAGCUGCCGGGUUUAGUCGAGGAGAUCAAUACCCUCACGUCUGAGAAAGAAAGACUGGUUCGACAGCUCGAGGACCAGGAUGGCACUUUCAAAGCUGCCGAAGAGAAGCGGAAUGCGGCGGAUGGGCUAAGCAAGAGCGUACUGAAGAUUGCACAGGCUGUCAAAGACAUUGCGGAUUUUGAGAGACAGGUCGAGAGAUCCCAGCAAAACUCGAGCAUCCAAGUGCGAAGCGCUGACGAGAUCAACGAUGACCAAACAGCCUGUGCAGAGCAGUUGAGAAUUACCCAGGCAAAGCUGACCAAGUUAACCGCCGAACGCCAACGGUUGAAGGAUCAGGCGGCUCAGCUCGAGGUUGAGAAACUGGAAUUGAAGCACAAGAUUACUGAGGUUGUCCAGCAACUAGAGCACAAGAAGCGACUCCAGGACACGAUUAAGAAUCACAAGGAAGAGCAGAAUGAGCUUCGGAAGAACAUGCAAGACAUCGACAAAGAGGUCGAGAGUAUUGACCCAGAAAUUGCCAGCGCCAGGGCAGCCCUUGAGGAAUCUCGAAAGCAGGGCCGAGCCAGAGAGCAGCGAAUCGCAGAGGAACGCGACGGUAUCGCCACCACGGUGAGCGAGCUCAAGAUGAUCAACCGCGAAAUCCAGGAUUAUCUCGACCGAGGCGGCCCUGCCAACCUGGCCUCUAACCAGCGUGCCAUCGCUAGCCUGGAGAACACCAUCGCCACUCUUGAAAGAGACAUGAAAGAGCUCACCACCCAAAUCCACAAGCUAAACAAGGAAAUCGACAACAGCGACGCCAAACGGCGCAACAUCGCCGACAACCUCACCUACCGCAAGAAUCUGCGCGAGCGCGACGCUCUCGAGGAGGAGAUCGAAGAGCUCGUGUCCCGCAACGCACAAGAGGACUAUGACCGUCUCGUCAAGGAAGCGCACUAUCUCGAAUCGAGGCGCGGCAAGCUCAACGCCGACCGCGAUCGUCUGAUGGGUUCCAUGUCGACCAAAGACGAGCAGUUCGCGCGACUCAACGACGAAUACGAGAUCGAGCUGAAAGGCGCGCGCGCCCGGUUCAAGGAGAGCCACAUCAAAGUCGAAACCACCAAGGCCGCCAUCGAGGACCUCGCGCGCGGAAUGGUGGCGCUCGACCAGGCCAUCAUGCAAUACCACUCGCUGAAGAUGGAGGAGAUCAACCGCACCAUCGGUGAGCUGUGGCAGAGCACGUACCAGGGCACCGACAUCGACACGAUCCAGAUCCGGUCCGACAUGGACUCGUCGGCGUCGGGCGGCGCGAGCGGCAACACGCGCCGCAUCUACAACUACCGCGUGUCCAUGAUCAAGGGCGACACGGAGAUGGACAUGCGGGGGCGCUGCUCGGCCGGCCAAAAGGUUCUGGCGUGCAUCAUUAUUCGUCUUGCGCUGGCCGAAUCGUUUGGCCUCAACUGCGGCCUCAUCGCGCUCGACGAGCCGACGACGAACCUCGACAGCGACAACAUCCGCUCUCUCGCCGAGAGUCUGCAUGCCAUUAUCAAGGCGAGAAAGAGCCAGAAUAAUCUGCAGCUGGUGGUGAUCACGCACGACGAGGAGUUUUUGAAGCAUAUGCAGUGUAGCGAGUUCUGUGAUGACUUUUUCAGGGUCAAGAGGGAUGAGAAUCAGAACAGUGUCAUUUCGAGGGAGAAUAUUACGAGGAUUUCGGAGUAA